CCCCUCCAGGCUUCCUCCUCCCCACUAGCUUUCUCCACCGCCGCUCUCUUCGCCGCAGCGGCGCCGCGCGCAAACGCCCUCCGCCGCUAACCCUAGCGCUCCAUGGCCCCCGCGGACGGCGGGGGAGAGCAGCCGCACAAGGCGCACCGGCAGCACAAGUCCGGCGCGAAGGCGAGGAAGAAGAAGGGGAAGGGGAAGGGCGGCGGCGGCGACGAUGACGGUGGCGAGAGGAAGAACCCGAAGGCUUUUGCCUUUCAGUCAGCUGCAAAGGCCAAGCGUCUACAAGCACGAUCGGCUGAGAUUGAACAACGUCGUCUUCAUGUGCCAAUUAUGGAUCGCUCAAUUGGUGAACCACCACCUUUUGUUGUUGUAGUUCAAGGGCCUCCUCAGGUUGGGAAGUCGCUGCUGAUAAAAUGUCUAGUAAAGCACUACACGAAACAAAAUUUGUCUGAAGUCCGUGGUCCAAUCACUGUUGUGUCAGGUAAAAGCAGGCGCGUACAGUUCUUGGAGUGUCCAAAUGAUAUCAACGGAAUGAUUGAUGCUGCUAAAAUAGCUGAUCUUGCUCUGCUGCUUAUUGAUGGAAGCUAUGGAUUUGAAAUGGAUACAUUUGAGUUCCUAAAUAUUAUGCAAGUGCACGGAUUCCCCAAGGUGAUGGGAGUCCUUACACAUCUUGAUAAGUUUAAAGAUGUAAAAAAGCUUAGGAAAACCAAGCAGCGCCUGAAGCAUCGAUUUUGGGCUGAGAUAAAGGAGGGAGCAAAACUUUUCUACUUGUCUGGUCUCAUUCAUGGAAAGUACACGAAAAGAGAAGUCCAUAAUCUUGCAAGGUUCAUCUCUGUUAUCAAGCCUAUCCCACUGAGUUGGAGGAUGGCACAUCCUUAUCUGCUAGUCGAUAGAUUUGAAGAUGUAACUCCUCCAGAAAGUGUGCGCUUGAACAGAAAGUGUGACAGGAAAAUAACAUUGUAUGGCUACCUUCGUGGCUGUAACAUGAAAAGAGGGACAAAGGUACAUAUCACAGGGGCAGGUGAUUUUAGCUUGUCUGGGGUAACAAGUUUGGCAGAUCCUUGCCCAUUGCCAUCAGCUGCAAAGAAGAGAGGACUACGUGACAAGGAAAAGCUGUUCUACGCGCCAAUGUCUGGCCUUGGUGAUCUACUGUAUGACACAGAUGCAGUUUAUAUAAACAUCAAUCCUCAUCUUGUUCAGUUCUCAAAGACUGGUGAGAAUGAUGCAUCUAAAAAGCAAGGGAAAGGACAGGAUGUUGGUGUAACCCUAGUAAAAACACUUCAGAACCCCAGAUAUUCCCUUAAUGAAAAGUUGGAUCAGAGUUUUAUAAAUUUAUUUGGUAGAAAGCCUGCUGCUCAGUCCGAAGACAUCUCUGGCAACCAGAAUGAUCAGGGAGAUGCUAAUAUUUUGGAAGAAGCAGAUGGUAAUAACAUAUGCAACGCAAACACAUUGGAGAGCAAUGAUCAUUCUUAUUCUGAGUGCUCCAGCGAUAGUGAACAUGAUAAUGAUGAAGCAACUCAGCAAAAUGACCAUGAAGUUGGCUUGAGAGAAGAGGUGGAAUUUUGCAAUGGAAGGAUGAGGAGAAAAGCUGUAUCAGCUAAUUUUAAAGAUGAUGACGAUGAUGAGGGUGCGGAAGAAGAUGACGUUGACAGUGAAAAUUCUGGUGAUGACCAGUUAUCUGAAGGUUCCGCAGAUGACAGUGAAGAAUCACUUGAUUCAGAUGAUGAAACUGAGAACAAUUCAAAGUGGAAAGAGUCCUUGCUUGCUAGAACACUGUCCAGACGGAGUGCCAAUCUAAUGCAACUUGUAUAUGGCCAAGCUUCAAAGAAGCUGGAUGAAGGAAAUGACAGUAGUGCAGAAGAGAGUUCAGAUGAAGAAUUUUUUGUACCAAAAGGACAAAAGAAGCAAGCAAAGAAUGAAUCAACAAGCUUUGAUGAUAUGGAUGCUGAGGAUUACUCCAAGUUUUUUAAAACUGAGCUAAGAGAUUGGUCUGACGAAGAUCUCAUCAAGAGCAUUCGUGACCGUUUCGUGACUGGAAAUUGGUCAAAAGCAGCUCUAAGAGGACAGGAAAUAAAUGAAAACGAUGUGGAUGACGAAGAAGUCGAUGGAGAUUUUGAAGAUCUGGAGACUGGUGAGGUGCAUACAAGCAAGGCAUAUGAAAAUACUUCAGGAAAUGGAGGUACUCACAAGCAAGAUGACCUUGCUAUGGAAGAAAGAAGACUCAAGAAGCUCGCACUUAAGGCAAAAUUUGAUGCAGAAUAUGAUGGAUCUGAUCUCUCCGGUGAGGAAGUUGAUAAUGACACAAAGAAAUCGAAACGAGAAGAAACUAAUGGAGGGGGCUAUUUCGAUAAGUUAAAGGAGGAAAUUGAAAUUCGCAAGCAAAUGAAUAUUUCCGAACUCAAUGAUUUAGAUGAAGAUACCAGGGUAGAAAUUGAAGGGUUUAGGACUGGUUCUUACAUCAGAUUAGAGGUACAUGGUGUGCCGUUUGAGCUAGUUGAAUAUUUUGAUCCUUGCCAUCCCAUUCUCGUUGGAGGCAUUGGCCUUGGUGAGGAGAAUACUGGAUAUAUGCAGGCUAGCCUGAAACGACACAGGUGGCACAGGAAAGUACUGAAGACAAAAGACCCAAUUAUUGUCUCUAUUGGUUGGAGGCGUUUCCAAACAACUCCUGUAUAUGCAAUAGAGGAUCGAAAUGGUCGGCACCGCAUGCUCAAAUAUACACCUGAGCAUAUGCAUUGCUUUGCUAUGUUUUGGGGACCGCUUGCUCCACCAAAAAGUGGUGUACUGGCAGUCCAGCAUCUCUCCAACAGUCAGGUACCAUUUAGAAUUACUGCAACAGGCUUUGUUCAAGAAUUCAACAAUACUGCCCGAAUCAUGAAGAAAAUCAAGCUCACAGGUGUACCGUGCAAGAUAUUUAAGAAAACUGCCCUAGUCAAAGGCAUGUUCACAUCUGACUUAGAGGUUGCUAGGUUUGAGGGUGCAACUAUUCGGACAGUAAGUGGAAUCCGAGGGCAAGUUAAAAAGGCAGCAAAGAUUGAACCAGGAGAUAUGCCAAGGAGAAAAGGGGAAAGUAUAGACGGGAUUGCAAGGUGCACAUUUGAAGACAGAAUUCUUAUGAGUGACAUUGUCUUCAUGCGUGCAUGGGUCAAUGUUGAAGUUCCCACCUACUGUAACCUUGUGACAACUGCUCUUCAACCCCAAGAUGAGACUUGGCAAGGCAUGAGAACUACUGCUGAGCUGCGGAGGGCACAUAAUAUUCCUAUACCGCACAACACAGAUUCAGUUUAUAAGCCCAUUGAGCGGAAAGUGCGGAAGUUUAAUCCUAUAGAGAUCCCUGCAAAACUGCAGCAUCUACUUCCUUUUAAAUCUAAACCGAAGGAUACGCCCAAGCAUAGAAAAACACCAGUGGAGAACAGGGUCCCUGUCCUUAUGCAGCCCAGUGAGAAGAAGACACAUGCAGCCAUUCAACAGUUAAGGCUGCUAAAACAUGAGAAGGCAAGGAAGAAGAAAUUGCAGGAUGAGAAGAAGAAGAAAGCAUAUGAGGCGGAGAAAGCAAAGUCUGAACUUCUAACGAAGAAGCGGCAGAGAGAGGAGAGGCGUGUGAGGUACCGAGAGGAAGAUAAGCAAAAGAAGCGAGCCCGCAGAUAACUGAAAAUAGUAAGAGACCUGCAGGCAUAAUGAGUCCCAGAAAUCUCCUGAGGCACAUCAUCCAGAGCAUAUGGUUGCUUCAAACUAGCUCAAGUUGCCGCCUCCAGAAAAAAGAGGCUCGGAUUGACAGCAGACGAGGUCUGAUGCCUCGGCAUAUCAAGCUGGAGAUGCAGAACAACUUGGUAUAAUCUGGGCCGGAUUCAACUAGUAGCGUCUUUUUUAUGUAGCUAACCAGUUUUGCUCCACCAUGCUGCUACGAAAAUUUUGUCAUCCAUGUAACUGAUGAUUUGUAGCUCCCAGGUGAAGUGGGAGUGAAUAUGUUAAAUUAUCAAUCUUAGGACAUAACAGUUGCCCAUUUUCAGGCCUAUUAUAAUUCUAGAGCUAGGGGACACUGAGUUGUCAGCAUUGGAUUUAUUGGUACUACUGUAUGACAAGGACGUGAUUUUGAUAAAUUUGGUUCCCGUUCUGCUCGCAA